CCCAAAUGCACUAGGUUAUUCAAAAGAUGUCAUAGCUUAUUGAGGAUGAAGGUAGAUCUGAGAAGAGUGGAUGAAGACAUUUCUGAGGUUUCUAUUCCUGUUGGGGACACCAUCCUUGGACGAGGACCUUUGCUUCAGUGCAAAGAUGUUAAGGUGUCAAGACAUCAUGCUCUCCUGCAUGUUUCCGAGGAUGGGAAGAUCUCCCUAAAAUCAAUUCACCAAAACCCAUGUUAUCUCUUGCAUGGCAGAGAUAUUGAGAAGGUCCUAAAAGAAGGAGAUAGUCAGGAAUUGAAACCUGGGACACGCUUUUCUAUGCUCCCUAAUUCCUUCAUCUAUGACGUGAUUGUGAGAGAUGAGAAUUCCCCCACUCUUCCACUUGAUGACCUGGAUGGAGAUGGGGAGACAACUGAAGUACGGGUAAACUUACCUCUUGUGGAGUGCUCUCCACUGAAAAGGAAAGAUGAUCAUGAAAAUACAAACACUGGUCCUGCUACAACCAAAGAAGUUGUAUCUGCUGAACCCAGUACAUCAAAGGCAGCAGGCAUGAUUACAGAUAUUGGAAAACAAGGUGAAAGAUGGAUUGCAUCCACAGAUAAAGGCAAAGUCAUUCCUUCUGGCUUGAACACAAACAAGCUUAGACAGUUGCCAGACUGGUGUAAAGAACUUGGUGGUUCCAAGAAGAGUGAGGAGUCCUUAGUUGCUAGUCCAAGGAAGGGAGGCCCUGUGAAGCGCAGCAAGCCAUUGACUGUGACAGGGAACACCAAGAAGAGAAAGAAAAUAAAGGAAGAUAUCAGUGAUGAGGAAGAGGAGGAAAAAGGAAAUGCACUUAGAGAGGAGGAGCUCAAUUGUGUGAAACAGAGCAGGCCAAAGGCAGCAGGAGAAGAUGUUAAGAGGAGAAAGAAAAUCAAGGAAGACAUUGAUGAGGAGGAGGAUGGGACAGCACCAAAGGAGGAGCCCAUUGCUUCAUCAUCUAAGCCGAAGAGGGAGCCCUGCAUCUUUGGGAGUAAAUGUUACAGGAAGAAUCCAGUCCACAGAGAGGAAUUCAGUCAUCCUGGAGAUUCAGAUCAUUUGUCUGAAGAGCAGAAGGAUUCUCAGGAGGAAGGAGUUGAAGAUAGCAAUGAUAAUGAAGGUGAUGAUGAGAGGCCAGAAUGUGAAUUCGGAACCCUUUGCUACCGUAAGAAUCCCCUUCAUGCCAAGCAGUACAAACACACCCAUACGCCCAAUCCUCCCAGGCAGGCCAAAAAAAAAGGUGGGUUUUGCAGCAGAGCCUACAUGCCCAAGAAGUUUGAGGGUUGCUUCUAUAGCAACAGCAUCAUGUAUGAUCUUCAGGUAUGCUUGGAUUCCAUGCCAUUCAACAGUUCAACAACAUUCAACAACAUCUCCCUGGCCCUACAGUAA